AUGAGUUCGAAACCUGGUUCCACAAAGGUUACCGAAUCGGAGCCCACUGAUAAAGAAAAUCGCGAAAGACUGAGGAGAUUGGGAAUGCAGUGUGUGUCUCCAGGGUUUGGAAAAAUGGACAAUCGGAUGUUCUCCACAAUCCAACUGUCCAAGGACAUCGCUAAAGAGCAGAAAGAAGUAAUUCAGAAGCUCAGCACUCGUCAAAGCGACGUUUUCAAAAACUCCGAAUCCGGCGACGAAGCUACAGUUAAACAAGUGGUCGAAUCUAAUCAGGAAUCGGAGCCCUCAAGCGUAGGAAAUUUCCAGGAUUCUUCCAGCAAAAAGAGUUCGAAAUCGUUAAAACGCUCUCGAAUCCCGCCACCACUCGAUAUCGAUUCAAGCGCCACUAACGAGGACUACACCAAGUCCAGGAACAAUGCCACAUCUGCACGAGGCACUAGUAAUCGCUUCAUGGGUGCUAGAAGCGCCCCAGCCCAUAUUACACGCUACCCAAGAGGAAAGUCCAAGGUACAAUACCUAGGUCGAGUCAACGAUUUGGAAUCGCACCUUAGGAAAAAACCUAAGGUGCAACCAAGUUGGCAGCCCAUGGCAAACGCGCCUUUUACCCCAUAUGCAUACUACCCGCCCCCAAACACUGCUAUGCCCUACCAUAUGGGCUAUGCGCCAUACCAAAAUGCAUACCAAACUCCAUACAUGAUGGCUCCAGUUCCAUACGCCAUGAUGCAGCAAUCAUCUUACGCAGACCCACCAACACGUUCAACUUUGCAGCGAGAUUUUGAGGCCUACCGUAGUCAAAACCCUGGCGUUGGUACUCGUGAUUUAUUUGGUAACAACGAAAGCCGCUGGGCUCCAAUUCAAGCCCAACCCCAAAGUGCUAGAGACGAAUUCUUUGGGUCUCGUGUGCGACAGCCACCAGCUCGAAGUUCCGCCGGAAACAAACGCUCAGAGGCUUCCAAAAGCUUUGACUCGCCCAACCGUAGAUGCGAUAGUGACAACGAAGAGGUAGACUUGGCUAUCGAAGACGGUGCUGAACCCACAAAUGGUCUUACUGAUACACCCACCGAUCGUGUGACAUGUGCGAGUGCGAACAAGAACCCACUCGAGGCUACCAUGGCAGGGGAACUACGGCUGCAGCAAGAGUCUUUCGCUUUCUCCUUCUCGCUGCUGGAAUCCGCUACAGACAAGAAAAUGUUCAUGUCAAUUUGCGACAAGGUGUGGGAUGAAUAUCAGGUCUUGGCGCAGCGCGAGAAGCCUUAA